AUGAAAGGCUCGAAAAAAGCACACGGUUACACAAGUGCGCGAUAUGUGUGUAAACCGAAAUCAAUUUCAGCUAGAAUGAAAGCAAUUCGUUCAAAAAAAAAGAAACCUAUAUUAACUAGCACUCCAAUAUCAUUUUACAAUUCGCAUACAAAGACUCAGCAGUCUAGUACUUCAUUUGAUACACCAGAUGAUGCACGCGUAGCUAUGAGUUAUAUUAUUGAACAAAAGUUGAGUGUAGAAUCAAGUAACGAACCCUAUGAUUCUAUAGUUUCCAAAAGUCUUGAAGGUAGAAGGAUUGUCGAUAUUGGAUAUUUCAUUAACCAGAUUCAAAAACGACAUGAAGGUGGAUUCGGAUGUUCUUUUAUUGAUAUGGAAUAUCAAAAUGAAACAAUACAAGGUUUACAAUCAGUUCUAUAUUUCAAAUGGAUUGGACAUACUCAGUUGAACGAGUUCGCAGCAUUUUUAGAACUACCAUCAUUGUCGUGUAGUAGUUUUGUUAAAACACAGGCUUCUAUAGCCGAAAUUGUUCACGAUACUGCAUGGGAAGAAAUGCAAAUGGCCGGCGAGGAAGAAAAAAGAAUAGCUUUAGAUUGUGGUGAUAUAGAUACUGAUGGGAUUCCCAUGAUUACAGUAGUUGCAGAUGGACAAUGGUCCAAACGGAGCUAUAAGACUAAGUAUGACGCGUCAUCUGGUGUUGCGACCAUAAUUGGCCAUAAGACCAAAAAAGUUUUGUUUGUUGGUAUUCGCAACAAGUAUUGUGUUAUUUGCCAGAGAUCAGCGUCCAGCAAGGGAGUUCUAACAGAACACAAAUGUUUUUUGAACUGGAAAAAAUCAUCCACAAGUAUGGAAGCUGAUGGUGUGGUAGAAGGCUUUUUAAAAAGCGUGGAAAUGCAUGGACUUAAGUUUAAUCGAAUUAUUGGGGACGGUGAUAGUAGUGUGACAAAAAGACUCCUCGAAGUUCAGCCGUACGGACCAAACUUUUAUAUAAAAAAAAUUGAAUGUUGUAAUCAUUUGAUGCGAAACUAUACUUCAAAACUGACUACGAUAGCUAGAAAUUCAAAAUAUCCACUUCGUGUACGAAAAUUUAUUUUAACAAACAUUCUUCGGUUCCGAUCCGAUGUCACUAAAGCUGCUAAGCAUUGGCGAAAUUUAAAUGGAAUUCGCAAAGAUUUGGGUAAUGGUCCAUUUCAUCGCUUAGGCGAUCAUACCAAUUGUGAAACUUAUUUUUGCAAUGGUUCGAAAACAAACGAAUUAAAUCUAGUUCCGGAGGCUGUCAAUGGGGGAAUCAUGUCUGAAAUUCAAAGCUGUGUGUCGAGAUUAAUUGCUAAUGCGGAAAGUUUAUUGGAAAAUAAAGACAACAAUAUUUGUGAACAAUUUAAUUCCGUAAUUAACAAACACAUUGCUGGUAAGAGAAUUAAUUUUUCUAGUCGAGGGAACUAUAAUACACGUGUUGAAGCUGCCGUUGUAUCAUUUAAUAGCAAGCAAUUUUUACGAAAGAUUCACAAAAAAAUGACAAAUAAUUUCAGUCCAGGAAAAUUUGGAAAAAAAUAUUUAAAAGACCAUAGUCGAAUAGUAAGUAACACUAAACGAAGACGAGUAUUAUUCCCAGAAACACGUAAGUUUAAAAAAUCUCGUACAGAAAACGGACCAGAUGAGGACUAUGGUUUGGCUGAGCCUUUAGUCGAAGAAUUAUCACCAGAAAUAUUUGAAGAAAAAAAAAAUCAGUUCCUUGUUUCAUUAAAAAACUCAAAUAUUUAUGAAAUUGAAUCGAAUACUCGCGAACAAAACAAUAGUGAAGCUUGGUACAGAGAACGCAGAUUACGUCUUACAGCUUCUCGGUUUGGUCAGAUUUGUAAAAUGCGUAGUACUACAAGUUGUAAGAACACGGUUUAUAAUAUAUUAUAUGCAUCUGAAGCCCAAUCAAAAUCUUUAAAACAUGGUCGUGACAUGGAGGAUAUAGCUAGAAAAGAAGCUCAGAAAAUUAUUGGUGAACAAGUUCAGACCAGUGGUCUAAUAGUAGAUCCGAUAAUUCCAUACCUGGCUGCUAGUCCAGAUGGCUUAGUUGGAAAUAAUGCAGUCAUAGAAAUAAAAUGCCCGUUUGCAGCACAAAAUACUGUUAGUGCAGUUGACGCAGUAGAAAAAAAACUCUUACAAUAUUGCAGUUUAAUUAAUAACAAAGUUGUACUAAAACAUGACCAUGCAUAUUACUUCCAAAUCAUGGGACAGUUACAUAUUUCUCAAAGAGAAAUAUGUUACUUUAUUGUAUACACUUCUAACUGGAUUCAUGUUGAAAAAAUCCAGUACGAUAACUUUUUUUGGGAAAAUAAAAUGGUGAAAGCACUACAAACGUUUUACUGGGAGUGUUUGUUACCGGAAUUAAUAGACCCUCAGUUUCCAAAAAGAAUGCUGAAGUCAGACAUUCGAGAACCGGUUCGAAUUAAAAACAAAUUAUUGUGGUCGUCCAUUUGCGGACGAGAUUUAUCACACAUAAGAGAACGAGAAAUUGUGAACCCAAAACUUUAUCGGUAG